AUGGCCUCCGACGUAGCCAGCAAACGCCUCUGGCACGAAUACCGCCUUCUCUAUAGCACCCCACCGGAGGGUAUACUCGCUUACCCGAUCGACGAAGCCAAACCCUUCGUCUGGGAGGCCUUUAUCGAUGGACCUAAAGACACCCCUUUCGAAGGCGGAGUAUUCCCGGCUAUACUCGACUUCCCCAAGGACUACCCGCUCAGUCCGCCUAAGAUGAAGUUUUUAGGAGACAUCUUCCAUCCUAACGUAUACCCGAACGGCGAAGUGUGUAUCUCGAUCCUCCACCCACCGGGCGAUGACCCCAACCACUACGAGAGCGCAUCCGAGCGAUGGAGCCCCAUACAGAGUAUCGAGAAGAUACUGAUCUCGGUGAUGAGCAUGUUGGCGGAGCCAAAUGAUGAGAGUCCAGCCAAUGUGGAGGCGGCUAAGAUGUGGAGAGACGACAGGGCGCAAUUUGAGGAGAAAGUCAAGGACGGGAUCUGGAAGAGUCUUGGAUUGGAGGUUAAGAAAUGA